AUGCCACCCAAAUGCAAUAAUUAUGUUUGGGAAUAUCCAAAAAAACCUUGGGAACGUGUUCAUGCUGAUUAUGCUGGACCAAUUUUUGGCAAAUUUCUUCUAAUUGUUGUUGACGCAUUUUCAAAAUGGACAAAAAUCUUCAUCACAAGCUCUACAACUAGUGAAAAAACUUCUGAACUGUUGUUUGAUUCCUACGCAGAAUUUGGAAUUCCAGACAUACUUGUAACGGAUAAUGGUCCUCAAUUCACUUCCGCUGAGUUCCGAUCCUUCCUCACCGAUCAAGGGGUUAGAUUCCACAGAAGAAUCGCUCCGUACCACCCAAGUACAAACGGACAAGCAGAACGAUAUGUGCAAUCAGUGAAACAAGCUCUCAGAGCUAUGAAUGCUACUCCAAAGACACUUCGGCUCUGCUUAAACAAAUUUUUAAUGCACUAUCAUCGUGCUCCUCAUCAAACCACUAAAGUUCCUCCAUCAUCUCUUUUCAUAAACAGAAUCCGUUCAAACUUCAGUGGUAGCUCUCCUCGCCAACAGCCUCCUCUACAAAUCAUCCGAACUCCAGUACCAACAAAACAAUCUUCUCUACCAACAAACUCACAAACGUCUCAGAACUCUUCUCAACAACAAGGCACUCAAGCAUGUAAGUCCGCACAAUCUCAACAUACUUCAGAAUAUCAAACAAGCCGAAGCUCUCCGCAAGUUCAAAGUCAACCAAGUAAUGAUCGGUCUCCGCCCAAGCAACAAUCUCCAAUCUCUCUACAACAAUCUAACAAAGCUCUAGUCACUCCAACCAGUCAAGCAAGACCUCUUAAUGUCAAAUCUCCCGAAACAUUUUUUACUCCAGAUGAAACAGCAGUUGUUACUACUUUAGAUGAAUCACCGCCUAAAAGUACAAAUCGUACCCCACUAUCUAGUGUAUCUCGACCCCCCUCAUUAGGUAGAGGGAGGGCAAUAAUUAGAAAAUCUAUCAGACCUUCCAAACCUCCAGAUCGGUAUACUCCUCCUUAA